AUGGCCCUCCUCUCACGGCCGCUCCGCGGCACCGUGCGACGGACCCCCGACGACCACUCCGACGACGGAGCACCGCCGACCAAGAGGCAGCGAGUGCAGCAAGUGCAGCAAGUGCAGCAAGAGACUGGACGACGCCGUCGCAGAAGCUCCCCUGACUGCCUCGACAUGACCACCACCCAAGCCAACUCCUCCGCCAGUAAGACCCGCCUCAAUCUGUCCCAGGUCGCGCGCCCACGAACCGCAACGCGGCGCGCCCGCCGCCUCUCCAACUCCUCCGCCGACAGCAUCGCAUCCUCCUCCCAUUUUCACACGGCCGGAAACCCUCGCGUCAAUAGCAAUGGCGUCGCCAAGACCCCCCGUGCGCGUACCGACCGAGACGGGCCGUCUGGCGGCGCCGCCGCAGUUUUCCUUCGCGAUACGCGUGAGUCGCCCGAUCCAUUGGAUACCAUCUCGCCCGCCCCCGCCAAUCCUGUUGCCAAGUCGCGUCCCGAGGCUGCUGUCUCGACGAGAGACGCGGAGGGUCAGUCUGCGAGCUCGCCUGUUGUGACUCGUACAACCCGACGAAAUGACCCCGAUGUGAAGCUCGAGGAGGGGCUGGACACCGAGGUGGGGAGCCAGAACGCGUCGCGGCCGGCUGAGAACACGCGGGAUAUUGAAGGACAGCAGAAGAAUCAGAGUGGUGUGGUUGAGACAGAGCAGGACACGUCGGCGCGGACAGGGACCGAAAGACGAUCGUUGCGCUCAACUGACACCGGUUCUCGGAGUAAGAGUGAGCUUGCUCAAUACUUUUACAACUAUGAGCAAAUCAUCAGCCUGGAUAGUCCAAAGCCUGUUGAAUCACUUGCUGCCAGCACCACCAUUGCUUUGAUAGACGAUCUCUCCAAGCCAUUGGCUCUACCUCCGCCGAACCCGACCCCAUUCGGCAAUCCCCUCCAAAACCUCUACCGCUGCGAACCAAUCACCCUUCCAGGCUCGUCAUUACGAGCUCCAGCCGUCGACCCCCUGAACGACGAGCUUUAUUUCCGCGCUCAUCGCAAAUUCGAGCGCCAGGAGAAACAACUCCGCAACAUCGAGCGAGACCGCGCCCAGCAUGAAAAGCAGCAACUCGAGCGUUUGCUCGAGGAACUCCGCGGCCAAGACUGGCUCCGCGUAAUGGGCCUAAUAGGCGUCCACGAAAGCGAAAAGAAACUCUACGAACCAAAGCGCCAAAUCCUCAUCCAGGAACUGGUGGCUCUAGUCAACAAAUUCCAAACCUGGAAAGACGAGGAACGUCGUCGAAGACUGGCAAAGGAUAAGCCUUUGCCGACAGCGGAUCCGGAGACAGAGCAGCCUGCCAUUGCAGCACCGAAACGUCCUCGGAAACGAUCCCGUGCCGCAGAAGAGGUCGAGGAGGAAAGUUCUACCUCUCCCUUGACAGAAACACCGAGUACACCACCAGACCCGCACGACGUGGACGCCUUGGCCGCUCGUCAACUACAUCAAGAAGCUCGCUCGGCAUCCGUGGCUAAGCAGCAAAACCGCAAAGCCAAGCCCCAUGAAGACACCCCCAAAUCGAGCAAGAAGUUAGAGUCCAGCAAGGACCCUGCUAAGCGUCAGAAAACCCUCCUGGAUAUGAAAUUUCUCUCUGCAACGCCCGCCCCUAAGCCCGCCUCAGCACCCCCUCCACCUCCUCCGCCCCCACCACCGCCAGAUAAACCCUUCACAUCAUUUUUCGAAACGAGAGAACUUCAUGACCAAGCUGUCGCAAUCCUAGACGGGUCCCCGCGCGAUCCAGCCCAGAAACCACUUGUCUUGGGCCAGCCGAUUCCCGAGAUGGAAGAGCGUGAUUACGAGCCACCCGGUGAAAUUCUCACGGAAGAAGUGAUUCACUCGUCGCGGCGGCAGAGGCGGAGGUGGAAGCGGCAGAGUCGGGGUGGAUGA